AUGACCACAUCCAGCAGGCAGAGCUCUUCUACAUCUAUGGUCAACAACUUGGCCAAAACAUUUGAUCCAAACACUUUGCAAAACCAAGGGCCAGAUAAUGGAAUGGAACCUCCUCAAUCUCUUCAUGUUGAGAGAAGUGAUGUCAGCACAUCUGAAAGUUUCAACAUCAUGGAUGUGAAGUUUGCCUCCCUUGAAGAGAAAAUUGAUAAACUGUUGACUCUGCAAGAGAAUGUCCUUAAGAAGCUUAACAGUGUUUCCCAAGAAAUCUGUUGCAUUGAAAAAGACAUGGAGAUGGUAAAGGCAGAAACAUCUGAACCUGGCUCAAGGAUGGAAAGAAACAAAAAAGUGAGAAAUAAUGAAGUGAAGAGACUUUGCCUUAAAAUGAAAAAAUCUCUUACUGAUAUAAACAGGAAAGCAGAGCAGCAGGUUAAAAGGCUAGAUGGACUUGAACAAAAUGUUUCUGGACUACAGAAACUUGUAGGACCUCUGGUAGAGAGGGUGAAAACAUUAAUAAUUCAUAAUUCAAGUGUAAAACAUCAUGUUAAAAAACGUAAAGCUUGCAAGGCAGGAGCUGGACAUCCCUUUAGGAUGCACGUUUUCUCGGAGACAACAGCUGGUGAUCUACUCAAGAAGAAAAAUGAAAAGGUCAUCAAAGAAAAGUCACAUUUCUAUGAAACACAAACAAAAGAAAAGAAGCCCCCAGAUACAACAGAUGGGGACAUCCAGCAGGGUCAGUCCUGCUCUCAGAAAGAAGUUGAUAAACUCAACAAGGAAAAUUCCAAGAGGGAAAGUUCUGUUCUGCUUGAAGUGGAUCCUCCCAAAUUUCAUACUGAAGAGCCAGAGGAGAAAGAAGAAACUUUGUCUUUAGAAAGCCAUUAUGAGUAUAGGAGAAACUCUUUUCAGGAAUCCUUCACUCCAGAAAAGCAGCAGGAAGGCGAUGCUGUUGAUGACGCUUGUCAAAAACCAACUGUGCAGGAGAUAGAAAGUGAGUCCCCAGCAGAUGAGGAGAAGAAGAAGAAGGAACAUCAGGUACCUGAAGAUGCACUUGAGGAACAAGAGGAGAAAAAGAAUGAAGGGGAAGAAAACACUGAGAAGAGUGAAAAAGGUGCUGAGGAACCACUAGCUCCUUCCCAAAAGGAAGAUAAGGCAGAACAAAGUCAUGACGAAGAGGUAUCAGAGGGAAGGUGUAAAAGCUGCGAAAAAGGUACAGGAAAUUCUAGUUCAAUCCCUGGGCAGACCUGCCAGUUUGAGCAUAGUGGUAGCAGUGAGCAUCGAAUGCGUGAUGAAAGUCUAGUCAAAGAUGACAACAAAAAGAGCAGAGUAGUUGCAGAAAGCAUUGAUGGCAUAUAUGAUACUCCUACUCCACCAGCACCAUUUGAUCACCGGAUUGUCUCAGCCAAAAGAGUGGGGAUCAGCAAUUACUAUAAUGUCAACGAGGAUGAAAUUCUGGGAGGAGGACGAUUUGGGCAAGUGCACAAAUGUGAAGAGAAAGCAACAGGUCUUAAGCUGGCGGCCAAAAUUAUAAAAGCACAAGGUCCAAAACAGAAGGAUGAAGUAAAAAAUGAAAUCAAUGUCAUGAACCAGCUGAAUCACGUGAACCUCAUCCAGCUAUAUGAUGCCUUUGAAUCUAAAAAUGACAUUGUACUCGUCAUGGAAUAUGUGGAAGGAGGAGAGUUAUUUGACCGAAUUAUUGAUGAAAACUACAAUUUGACAGAGAUGGAUACUAUCUCAUUCAUAAAACAGAUCUGCAAAGGAAUUCAGUACAUGCACCAAAUGUACAUUCUUCAUUUGGAUCUCAAGCCUGAGAAUAUCCUGUGCGUGAACCGAGAGGCAAAUCAAAUAAAAAUUAUUGAUUUUGGAUUGGCAAGAAGAUAUAAACCCAGGGAAAAACUUCGAGUUAACUUUGGGACUCCAGAAUUUCUUGCUCCUGAAGUUGUAAAUUAUGAGUUUGUCUCUUUUCCUACAGACAUGUGGAGUUUAGGAGUCAUUGCUUAUAUGCUCCUCACUGGAUUGUCUCCUUUUUUGGGUGAUGAUGACAAUGAGACUCUCAACAAUAUCCUGGCCUGUAACUGGGAUUUUGAAGAUGAGGAAUUUCGAGAUGUUUCUGAUGAGGCCAAAGAUUUCAUAUCAAAGCUUCUCAUCAAGGAAAAAUGCUGGAGAUUAAGUGCAACUGCUGCCUUAAAACACCCAUGGUUAACAGACCACAAGCUCCACUGCAGACUCCAGCAUAAUAACAGAAAAAUUAACAGUACGACGGUCAUCUACAAACGCAGAGGCCCCGCCAUCCAAGCACGCAGGGAGGGAACUGAUGCGAAAUCCUUCAUGGAGUAA